UUUUUGUGUGUUUUUGGGUUCUCUCCUUGCGAACUGCAAGUAUUUUCUCUCUUUCGCUUGGAUUCCGUACAAAUCAGUCGCGUUCGAGUGGGGGGAGCGGAGCAACAAGGAGAAGCUAGGGUUUGAUUGUAGGGUUUGAAUCCUUAAUGGAGGAGGAAGACGACGCUUUAAACGACGGCUACAAACCGCCCUCUCCACGGCAAGGGGACUCGCCCAUUGGUGACGAAGUGCUUCCGCAAAGCAUCGACCAAUGCGACGUCGUUUCAGAGCUGGACGAUUCGCAGCUUGUGGGCGCCGCGUCGCCUGCUGCUGUUGCGGAGCCGGAGGAGGAAGAGGACGUGGAGGCGAUCGCGGGAGAGGAGGCGGAGGCGGAGGCCGGCGUGGAGGUCGCGGAGGGAGGUCGAGGCGGCGGGGGCAGGAGGAAGAGGGGCCGGAAUCCUAGGGUUUCAGCGCGGGCUCCGCUGAAGAAGUCGUUUGAGGAGGACGUUUGCUUCAUUUGCUUCGAUGGCGGUGAUCUUGUGCUCUGUGAUCGCAGGGGAUGCCCUAAGGCCUACCAUACUACGUGUGUUAAUCGUGACGAGGAAUUCUUUCGAGCCAAGGGCAAAUGGAAUUGUGGUUGGCAUCAAUGUACUGCUUGUGAGAAGAAUUCCUAUUAUAUGUGUUUGACAUGUCCAUUUUCCUUGUGCAAGAACUGCAUCAAAGAUUCUGUUAUCUUUUGUGUUAGAGAAAACAAAGGCUUCUGUGAGGCAUGCAUGAAAAUUAUCAUGUUGAUUGAAAAAAAUGAGCAGGGAAACAAGGAAAUGGAUCAAGUUGAUUUCGAUGACAAAAGUAGCUGGGAGUUCCUCUUCAAGGAUUACUGGAUAGAUUUAAAAGGAAGGCUAUCUCUAACAUCAGAUGAACUUGCUCAGGCUAAAAAUCCGUGGAAAGGGUCUGAUGCACCUGCUGGAAAACAAGAAGCACCGGAUGAACCCAAUGAUGUUUACAAUGAUGGUGGUCCUGGUUCAGACAGUUCCUCUGGAAAUGUAGAAGCAAGGAAGCCCAAAAGAAGAAAGGCCAAGAAACGGUUGAAGUCACUCAAUAAGGAGAGGGAUUCACCGAGUGUAGCAACAGCAAUUGGAGCAGAAGGAACGUCUACGCCUGCCAACACUGAGUGGGCAUCAAAAGAGCUCUUGGAGUUUGUUAUGCAUAUGAAGAAUGGGGACAAAUCUGUUACAAGUCAGUUUGACGUACAAGCCCUCUUGCUAGAAUAUAUAAAAAGAAACAAACUUCGCGAUCCUCGCCGAAAAAGUCAAAUAAUUUGCGAUUCAAGACUUGAAUAUCUUUUUGGAAAACCACGUGUUGGGCAUUUUGAAAUGUUAAAACUUCUUGAGUCUCACUUUCUUAAUAAAGAGGAUUCACAGACAGAUGAUCUACAAGGGAGUGUUGUUGAUAGUGAAGCUAGUCAGUUGGAGGUUGAUGGUAAUACCGACACCCUAAUGAAAGUGGGUAAAGAUAGGAGACGUAAAGCACGUAAAAAGGGUGAUGAGAGAGGAUCUCAAUCAAAUCUUGAUGAUUAUGCAGCUAUUGAUAUCCACAACAUUAGCUUAAUUUAUUUACGGCGUAAUUUGAUGGAGGAUUUAAUUGAAGAUACUGAAAAGUUACAUGACAAGGUGGUUGGUGCUUUUGUGAGAAUAAGGAUUUCCGGUAGUGGACAAAAGCAAGAUGUGUAUAGGCUAGUCCAAGUUGUAGGUACAAGCAAAGCAGCUGAUCCAUAUAAAGUUGGCAAAAGGACAACAGAUGUCAUGCUAGAAAUUUUAAAUUUAAGCAAGACAGAAAUCAUAUCAAUUGAUAUAAUUUCAAAUCAGGAGUUCACUGAGGACGAAUGUAUGCGUCUACGUCAGAGUAUAAAAUGUGGAUUAAUCACCCCAUUGACAGUGGGUGGCAUUCUGGAAAAAGCGUUAGCACUUCAAGCAGUCAGAGUCAAGGAUUGGCUGGAAACAGAGAUUGUGCGGCUUAGUCAUCUUCGCGAUCGAGCUAGUGAAAAGGGGCGCAGAAAGGAGCUUAGGGAAUGUGUCGAGAAAUUGCAGCGUUUGAAGACAGCUGAGGAGCGCCAGCGCAGGCUUGAGGAAAUUCCAGAAGUCCAUGCAGACCCAAAUAUGGAUCCAAGUUACGAGUCUGAGGAAGAUGAAAGUGAGACAGAUGACAAGAGACAAGAAAAUCAUUUGAGACCAAGAGAUACAGGCUUUAGCAGGAAGAGGAUGGAACCUAGCUCUUCAAGGAAAGGAGAUUCUGGUUCAAAUUAUUCCUGGAGUACACCAACAAAAAAUUCUAGUAGAAACUGGGAAUUCAGCAGAAGUAUGUCAAAUAAAGGUUUUUCAAGCAAAAGUGAAGAUGUUGCUAGCCCUGAUGAGAUCAUGAAUGAGGAUUCAUGGAAUAGAAGAGACACACAGAAACUGAGCAGGUGGGAGAAGAUAAGUGGUUCUAAUUCUGAAGUUGGUGGCUGGAAUAGCCAUUCAGUGGUAAGAUCUGAAUCAUUUUCAACCGUGCCAUUAGAAAGUCCCAUGGCAUCCCAUUCAGGAGUAAGAUCAGAAUCAUUUUCUGGAAUUGCAUUAGACAGUUCUGUGGCAGCCCAUUCAGUGGUAAGGUCUGAAUCAUUUUCUGGAGUUGCAUUAGAAAGUUCCUCCGGACCUCCCUUGACAGGGGUAGAACCAACUGCUGCCAAACUCAGUGAAACGGACAAAAUGUGGCAUUACCAAGAUCCUUCUGGAAGAGUCCAAGGACCAUUUUCUCUGGUGCAGCUGCGGAAAUGGAGUAAUAGUGGGUUCUUCCCCAAGGAUCUCAGAAUUUGGAGAACUACUGAAAAGCAGGAUGACUCUGCACUUUUGACUGACGUAUUGUUCGCAGCAUUCCCAAAAGAUUCAUCACCAGUUGACAACAGCAUUGGAAAGUCUCAAAAUGUGCAUACUCUGCCUCACCCAUCCACAGAUUCUGGAAAGCCAUAUGAAUCAUCCUUGCAGCAAGUAGGUGAAAAUCAAGGUGGGGAGAAGCCAAAUCUUGAUCAUAGAGGAGAAAAUUGGAGAUCUCAACAAGAGGUUAGUUUGUCCAAGGGCUGGGCUGCUUCAUCUAUGGUUGAGGCUCCUAAACUUUCCACAGAUGGUUCAGUUUCUGACUAUGAUGGCAGGAAUGAUUUGGCAAACCUCCCUUCUCCCACUCCUGCCCAAAGUACCACAGGUUGGGUUGCUGGGCAAGCUCCUGAUAAAAAAGGCACAGCCACUGAGUUUCCUGUUCAACCAGCCUCUGGAACGCUAUUAUCUCCUACUGCAGUGACCUCAGAGAAUGGCCAGUUGAUACAUUCUUCUACUUCACCAUCUUCAGUCAAGCAGAAUGCAGGUGUUGAUAGUUCAGAUCUAUCUUUUGCAUCAUUCAGCCAACAAACAAGUGUUCCUGGUAGGAAAGAACAUAAUGUGAUUGAGCUUUUAGGAGCAUUGGUGCCUAGUUCAGUCUCAAAUUCCUCUGCAAAUGCUCCAGAGGUUCAUCCUCAAUCGUCUGUGUCAGGUGAAUCACAGAGUGUUCAGGCAGAUGCAUAUCCACUUGCUGCACCUGAUUUUGCUGCUGGCUCAAUGAACCCAGGUGCUACUAAUUCUAAAGUUGCAGGUGCAAGUCUCCCAAACCUGGUUCAUUCUGUUGCGGGUCUUAGCCAUCCUGUUGAAACUCAUGGAUGGGGGUCUGGUUCAAUUUCAAAGCCAGAAAUAGUAUCUUCCUGCCCAGUAUCUGGGGGUGAAUCUCAAACCUGGGGAUAUGGUCCACCUCAGAAGCUAGAACGAAAUAAUUCUAUUCCUAUGCAUUCACAACAGCCACCAUAUGGUCACUGGGUUGAUGCUUCUUCUAUCCAUAAUUCUGCUUCAUCUCUUGGCACAGGAAAUCUAGCUGGGUAUUUCCCUAGUCCAGGCUUAGGUUUGCCUCCAUCUGAUUCUUGGAGACCUCAAGUUCCAAGUAAUCCACCAAACUUCCAGCCUCCACCUCCUGGCAACCUUGGUCCUCCGGCUCUGCCCAACCUAGCUCCUUCUGUUCCACCUAACAUGGGCCCUCGAGCUCCACCCAGCUUUGGCCCUCCAGCUCCAACCAAUCUAGGCCAUCCAACCCCACCCAAUCUGGGCCCCCCAGCUCCACCUAACCUGAACCCUCCGCCUCCACCUCCAAUCCUGACUCCUUCAGUGCCACCCAAUAUGAUAUCUGCAGCCCCACCCAACCUAGUCCCUCUUGGUCCACCAAACAUUAUCCCUCCGGGUCCACCCAACAUGAUCUCCCCUGCUCCACCCGCUAUGAUCCCACCGGCCCCACCCAACCUGGCUCCAGCUGCCCCACCCAACCCACCUUGGGGUAUGGGUGUUGCAGAAAAUCCAAGUGCUGCCCCAAGGCCAGGGCCACAGAAUCCAAAUGCUGGCUGGGGUCCAAUGCCUGGAAAUCCAAAUAUGAGCUGGGGACCAGUACCAGGAAACACAAACAUGAACUGGGGAGCUUCUGGUCAAGCGCCAGCACCUGGAAAUGCAAUUCCAGGUUGGGUUGCACCAACAGGGAACCAAGGCAUGUGGGGAAGUGACCAAAAUCAUAAUGGUGAUAGAUUCUCAGGUCAAAGGGACAGGGGUUCCCAGGGUGGAGAUCCUGGUUAUGGCGGGGGCAGACCUUGGAAUCGCCAAUCAUCAUUUGGCAAUGGAGGGGGAGGUUCUGGUAGAUCUACUCCUAAAGGGCAGAGAUUGUGUGUGUAUCAUGAGAAUGGGCAUUGCAAGAAGGGAGCAUCAUGUGAUUAUCGGCACAGUUGAAUGUAGGAUGUCCUGCAGAGACUGGUGGUGUCAUGGGAGGAGCAUCAUGCGAUUAUCAGUCAGUAGCAGUAGCAGUGACUUGUGGUAGUGUACAGAAUUUUCAUCUUAGGAGGUACCAACUUUCUAUAAGCUUUGAUGCGUUUUUAUAUUUGUGAAACACAAUUCAGUUUAGCUGGACACCUGUUUUGUCUUUAUAGCUGCUGUUUUCCCAUUUAGUUCGAUAACAGUUUUUGAAAGGUCUUAUGUCUGACAUCGGAGUAGUAGUUCAAUGUGGUGAAGAAUAGUUGUUAAACUUAUUCCUGUGAGGUGGAAGGUUGAAAUCAUUCAACCUGCUCUGUGAUCUCAAUGCCCCAAUGGGAUUGGAUGGUAUCCAUCUGUGUAGACUUGUAGGUGUUUGUAAUUCCAGGGACGACUGAAGCAGUUGGCGGGAUGUACAGUGGGAAAUGACACAACAGGAAGCCUUAGGAUGUUCAAUUAGAUUUGGAUAAACAUUGUGUAGAGAAGUUUUACUCAUGAGAAAAAGUUAUCUGAGAGUUGACAAGAAAGUUCAUAAUUCCUUUGUGGUGUUUGUUUUA